AUGUCUGCUCUGCGGCUGCAGCUCUCCACGAUCGCUGCUGUACCCCUAGCACCGAGGAGUUGCAGCAAUCAGUCGCAGAAGCUCAAAGCUGUGAAUGCCGAGGGCCAGAAGCAGCAGGCAGCGCUCAAUCCUGUUGCACUGGAGGCGCGCACUCGUGGCAAAGCUCACUCGGAAGAGUCUACUGCGAAGCUGCCUCAAAGACUAGCGACUAUAAGAAGUGAAGAUGAAGGACAGGAAAGCGAUGAAGAUCACUGCCGCUCUGAGCAUCUGCAAGAGCAGCCAACUCUGGAGCAGGAGUUGACGAAGGGAAGGAUGCCGCUUGCUGCUUAG